GCUGCACAGGGAUUGGAUAGGCUGUCUGCAGGUCAAAUCCUUCUCCCAUCCAAUAAGUGGUUCAGUUGUACCAGGACUUCAACUCUGAGAUUCAAAUGAAUAGCAGCGGCAGGAGGCAGCACUCUAUUCCUUUCUAAACUGCUAAUCUAGCUCGGCCCCCCUUCUCAUGGUCACAUGACUGGCACGUCACUCAUCCUCCCCACUGGCAGGUGUUCUUGUGCUCCAGCUCCCAAAGCCUUCAGCACAGAUAUAGGAGCUGCUGGGGAGGAGGGGUUCGGGCUGGUCGCCCAUUCACACAAGUCAUCUUUCCUUUAUCCUCUUCUAUAAAAGCCCAGAGGAGCGGCCAUGGAUGCACAGAAAGAAGCUUUGCAGAGGAUUAUCACAACCCUUGCCAACAAAAAUGAUGAAAUCCAGAAUUUUAUUGAUACGCUCAAUCACAGACUAAGAGGUGUGCAGGCAAACUCGGGUAAAGUGCUUUCAGAUUUGGAUGAUGAGUUUGAUAGCCUUUACUCGUUCCUGGAUGAGAUGAAAGAGGGCAUGACUAGCAUUAUAAAGCAAGAGCAAGCCCGUAAAACACAGGAGCUGCAGAAUCAGCUGACCCAAUGUAAAAAAGCCCUGGAGAGCUCAGAGGAACUAUUAGAAUUCGCUUCACAGUCUGUCAGCAUAAUAGAACCAGAAGAAUUCACCAAGGCUGCCAGACAGAUCAAGGAUAGAGUAACAAUGGCCCCUGCAUUUCGACUCUCACUAAAACCAAAGGUCAGUGACAAUAUGACUCAUUUAAUGGUGGACUUUUCCCAAGAAAGAAAAAUAAUCCAGGCUCUGAAGUUUUUACCAGUCCCUAAGGCACCUGAAAUUGAUCCAGCAGACUGCAUUGUGGCAGACAACUGUGUGACCAUAACAUGGAGAAUGACUGAAGAAGAUAGCAAAAUUGAUCAUUAUGUGCUUGAAUAUAGGAAAACAAACUAUGAUGGACUACCUAGAGUCAAAGAUGAAAGAUGCUGGGAGUCAAUUGAUCACAUAAAGGAAACUGAAUAUACUCUUUCUGGUUUACGGUUUGACUCUAAGUACAUGAACUUCCGAGUAAGAGCUUGUAAUAAGGCUGUUGCUGGGGAAUAUUCAGAUCCGGUCACGUUGGAAACCAAAGCGCUGAUGUUCAGCUUUGACAACACAUCGUCGCAUCUUAACUUAAAGGUAGAAGAAUCGUUGAUUGAGUGGGACCCAACAGGAGGUAAAAGUCAAGAGAACAAAGUAAAAGGAAAGGAAAACAAAGGCAGUGGCCAUGUCACGUUACUGAAGAACAAUACCAGAAGUGGAACACCAUCACCAAAAAGAACAUCUGUCACAUCAAGGCCAGCUACAGUAAGAGGAAGCAGAGACCGAUUUACUGGAGAGUCUUACACCGUCUUGGGCGAUGCUACAAUUGAAGGUGGGCAGCAUUACUGGGAAGUAAAAGCCCAGAAGGACUGCAAAUCCUACAGUGUGGGUAUCACACAUAAAACAAUAGGCAAGUUUGACCAACUGGGAAAGACGAACACUAGCUGGUGUUUAUAUGUCAACAACUGGUUGCAGGCAACGUUUGCUGCAAAGCACAACAACAAGGCAAAACCUUUGGAGACGACGGUUCCAGACAGAAUAGGAAUAUACUGUGAUUUCGAUGGAGGUCAACUUGCAUUUUAUAACGCAGAUACAAAACAGUUGCUAUAUAGUUUUAAAACAAAAUUUACGCAGCCAGUUAUCCCUGGAUUCAUGGUUUGGUGUGGAGGUAUAACAUUAUACACAGGACUGCAGGUUCCAAGUGCUGUGAAAACACUUCAGAAGUCAGAGAAUGGGAUGAGUGGUUCAUCUAGCAGCCUAACAAAUGCUGUUCAAUAACAUAAUAUGGUUAAUACUGAGAAGUUUGCUCUGAGUGGAUUAUUAGUUUUUUUUCUAGUAACACUCUGGUUGCUGUUCACCAAAACUGCAAGCUAAAUCACCUUUUAGGUCAUGUGUCCUCUGCUGUUUGGGGACUUGUGGCGUAUUGUUGACCUGCUCGUAUGCUGGUCCAGUCAGCAAAGCGUACCAAUUGCAAGCCAUCUGAGAAGUCAUUGGAAUUAUAAGAGGAACAAAGUAGGACGUCCCACCUACAGAUUUCAAUUGUAGUCAUGAGGCAUAUUAAAAUGACUUGUAACAUAGCCACACAGUUCACAUGUGUAUUUCACAAAACAGUUUUAAAUGUCUUGUAAGUAUAAAGAGUGUAAGUAUAAAAAAUGUAAAUAUACUGUAAUGAGAUGUAAACUUCUACUUCUUCUUCUUCUUAUUGCAUAUGUCUGAGGCUUCUACGAUACACAGAAUAUUUUGUGCUCUUUUUUGUUAAAAUUGAUUGAGUGCCUCAUAGUUGAAAACUGUGCGUUCCAUCAAAAAAACAUAGUGUUUUGUUAAACACUUUAAAGGAGAAGAAAAGCUCCAAGACAGUAUUGCCAACAGAUUAGCCACAAUAGUACAAGUUAGACCGCUAUAUUUAUUCUGCAAAUUCCUUUACCA